GCCACAGCGCCCACAGCUGUCACCUCCGCGGCUUCCGCGUCCGGCGGCGGGCGGGGCGCCCCGCGUGUCGUGUCCGCUCCCGCCCAAUCGCGGGGCCGGGCGCGGGGGCGGCGCUUCGGUUGCCGGGGCAGGGGCGGGCUGGGCAUCGCCAUCGUCGCCGUCAUCAUCCUCAUCACCAUCAUCGCCAUGAGUCAAGAUGAGAGAUUUGCUUUCAUUGCUGAGUGGUAUGACCCAAGUGCUUCGCUCUUUCGGCGUUAUGAACUUCUGUAUUACCCGAAGGAUUCAUCAAUUGAAAUGUACGAUGUGAAGAACCGCCGCACGUUUCUGAGGCGCACCAAGUACGAGAGCUUGCACAUCGAGGAUCUGUACGUGGGCAGCAAAGUCACUGUUUUCUCCCGGCACCUCACCAUAGUGGACUAUGGGAAUCUGUACACAUCUCGCAAGCUCGGGAGCCGCAAGGAGAGAACACUGGCUUUGAUUAAACCUGAUGGAAUGCGUAAGAUCGGAGAAUUACUUGAUAUCAUUAUUAAUUCAGGAUUGACAAUCACUAAGGCCAAAAUGAUGCUGCUUUCAAGAAAAGAAGCAGCUGAUUUCUAUGCCGAUCAUCGAGCAAAACCUUUUUAUCAUGAUCUUCUCCAGUUUAUAAUGAGUGGCCCCAUUCUUGCUAUGGAGCUCUUAGGAGAUGAUGCAGUGAGUAAAUGGAGAGCAAUAGUGGGGCCAGCAAACCCUACAGCGACCGAGAGUGAUACACUGGACAGCAUCUCAGAGAGCUUUGGACAUUGUGGCCUAAGAGAUGCAGCUCAUGGCCCAGAUUCAGUUGCUUCAGCUGCUAAAGAACUGGAGUUGUUCUUCCCUUCCAGCGGAGGUCGUGGACCUGUCAGCAGUGCAAAAUUCACAAACUGUACUUGUUGCAUUAUUAAGCCUCAUGCUGUUAAUGAAGGGCUUGCUGGAAAGAUUGUAAAAGCCAUCCUCAAGGAAGGAUUUGAGAUCUCAGCUUUGCAGAUGUUCAACUUGGAGCGUCCAAAUGUGGAAGAAUUUUAUGAGAUUUACAAGGGUGUUGUCCCUGAAUACCUGGAGAUGGUUUCAGAAUUGUGUUCAGGCCCUUGCAUAGCAAUGGAGAUUAGACAAUUCGAUCCUUCAAAAGUGUUCAGAGACUUCUGUGGUCCCUCUGACCCUGCACUAGCCCGUCACCUCCGACCUGGAACUCUGCGUGCUGUCUUUGGCAAGGACAAGAUUCAGAAUGCUGUUCACUGCACAGACCUGCCUGAGGAUGGACUUUUAGAGGUGCAGUACUUCUUCAAGAUUCUGGACAACUAACAAGCUCCAUCCUCACCCACUGCAACAGACACGCACACAGAACUGUGUGUUCAUUCAUUUAUUUGUCCAAUGUUUCAACCUGACUGAAAUACAAGAUCAACAAGAGCACUGUACUCCUGGCUAUUAUUACAUGUUAGAACAUAGAGUUUUGCACUUCAGACAACAUUUAACACCAUUUUAUGGGGUACUGCAUUGCUUUUAUAAAGUUUAAAAUAAAGAUUUAUUUUCAAACAUGUGACUUUGGUUUAUUUCAUACAUUACACUUUCUUGCAGAAAAAAAUAAAAUUGUACAACUGCAUAAAUAUAAAAUUCUUCCACCAUGAAAAUGGCUAAAACAUUCAAUAAAGACAUUAGCACCACAGUGUGCGAUGCCUUCAGCAGGAAAAAAAAAAACAAAAAAGAAAAAGAAAA